AUGGCAGACGUAUCAUCGUCAAGAGCAAGCGGGUCAAAGCGCAAAGCGCUUGCGGCUAGCGCUGCUGCAGCUUCUGGGCCUAAGAGCAAGAAAUCGCGAUCUGUUAGCGAGGAAGAUGCAUCUAUACCGCUCGGGCGUGCGCUAGCGUCUACCGAGAAACGUAUUCGCGAUGGUGCAGUUCGAUCUCUACAAGCCUAUCUCUCGACGAAUGGAGCACACACCAUCCCCGCACUCGAACUACAGAAACUUUGGAAAGGCCUGUUCUACUGCUUUUGGAUGAGCGACAAACCUCUGAUUCAACAACGUCUCGCCAACGAUCUGGCCCAACUCGUCCUUGUCCAUCCCGCCACGUCGUCUACGACGCAGGAUGGCGUGUCGGAACGUGCCAUAGCAGGUUUGAAAUUCUUAGAGGCGUUUUGGGACACGAUUGUAGCAGAGUGGUCUGGUCUGGACAAACAUAGGAUCGACAAAUUCUACCUUCUUGUACGACGCUUCGUCGCGGCAGGUUUCCGACUGCUUGCAGAGGAAAAGUGGCCGUCGGAAGCGGUGAAGGAUUUCGGAAGAAUUCUGGGAAAGUCUGAAGGUGGCGUGUUGAGUACGAAUGAUCCCAGAGUUCCUGACAGCUUGACGUACCAUUUGUCGGAUAUCUACCUGGACGAGUUGGAGAAGGUCUUAGAAACACAUGCCGAGUCGGAAGAAGCCAAGGAGGAGGAAGCGCAAGAGGAGGAUGAUCUGCCGCUGGUACCGACGUUGGAGCUGUUGAUGCCGUUUGUGGAUGCGUUGGCUACGGCCAAGAGUAAAGCUAUGUACGAUAGGAUCUGGAGCAACGUCUUGGAGCCUUUGCUGGACGACACCUUGCGAGCGUCGGCACGGGACGAGGAGGACGUCGAUCUCGACCUAACCUCGAAUGACGAGGAAGAAUCGAUCGAUGAGGACGCAGAGGAAGAACCAGGGGACGAAACUGCCAACGGAACUGAAUUCCACUCUUUCGCAGACGAAUCCACCGUCACCGCUCAAGACGACGAAUCAGAACCUUCUAUCCCGGACUCGUCCGACUCGGACAGCGAAGACGAAGGAGAGAAUGACGUUCGAUUCCCCCUGCUGCUUGCACUCUCCUCUGUACCUGCUCCGAAGAUCGACGAAGAUGCCAAGGACGACGAUGAGCAUCUUGACGAUACGCACAUCGACGUGGCCCUGGUACUGCGCAAAGCUAUCUUCCAAGCACUAUUCACCGCAGCUUCGCGCAAGGAUGCGACCGAGGCCCGCCGAAGGCUCCUCUACCAGUUGUGGAGGAAUGAACAGGAUCGACUCAAUGAUCUCAACGACGGUGGCGACGAAGAACAAGAAGAAGAAGAAGAAGAAGAAGAAGAAGAAGAAGAAGAAGAAGAGGAGGAGGAGGAGGAGGAGGAGGAGGAGGAGGAGGAGGAGGAGGAGGAGGAGGAGGAGGAGGAGGAGAACGACGAGGAGGAAGAAUAG